AUGGCUGCGCUCGCUGCUCAGAAUGUCGUCAACCCCCUCCUCGUCAAGCAGACCGUUGAGGGGUCCUUCCAUCACACGAUCACUUGCGACCUCGACCUCGACCUGAUGGAACCCAACCUGGACGAACGAUUCGAGCUGGACGGUGUGCCGCUGGCAGGGACCUGGAUGUGCGACGUCAACAGGCGCGCGGACUGUGUCGACAUCGUCCUCAACUUUGGCGCCCUCUCCGCUGGUCGAUGGGGACCGCAAAUUCGCGUCCUCCUUCGCUUCUUUUACCUGACGGACGGACAGCAGGUCCUGCUGGAAGAAGUCGCUUGGGGGAGGGACCCUGCGCCGCGGCUGGAUCCGGAAUUGGGAGGAGUGUGCAAUAGCUAUUUGCUCGACAUCCCGCUUGGCAAGGUCAACGAUGCGGCCGCUGCGUCUUCCAGCGCAUUCAAUCCGGUCGAACAUCGCGCUUAUCGCCUCAUCAUCGACAUCCACUCGCGACCCACCAAACCUACUCUUGAAGCGGAGAGGUUGAUCAGGCGCAUGCCUGAUACCGAUCUGUCGGCUUUCACGCACAAUGUCCGACUCUUCUUUCCCCGUCACGAUGCCGACCUUUGGCCCGAAUCGAGUGUUCUGUCUCGCGCGUCGCCGUAUUUCAGAACACUUCUCGCCAGCGACUUCGCCGAGAGCGUCACCGUGCCACAAAAGCGGAAGCGUACGGCCAGUGCGACGACGGGAACGGCAGCUCCUGCUCCAACUGAUGCAGAUGCGGCAGACCCGGACGGCCAGGGCUUCGAAGACUCUGACAACGAGACGGACAAGCUUUACUUCGAGAAGCACCCGGCUUUGCAGCACAAGCGCGACGAGCUGCAGCACCCGUUCAAGGAGAUCAAGAUCACCGCGACUGCCUUUACGACCUAUCGAGCCGUCCUGGCCUACCUCCGAACUGGCUUCAUCGCCUUUGCGCCACUUUCCUCCACUCUCCCCGUGCCCGAUGAGACCGACAUCUCGACUCGCAAAUCGCGCAUUGAGGCGGCCAUUUCUGCGAGAUCGUCCCUGCCCUAUCCCGUCUCGCCCAAGUCGAUAUAUCGCCUCGCCCAUCUUCUCGAGAUUGCGCCACUCCAGACUCUGUGUCUUGCCAAUCUUUCCAAGCAGUUGACGAUCAAUUGCGCGCCCGCCGAGCUCUUCACCGACAUGUGCGUCUGCUACGACGCCUGGCGCAACGUCGUCCUCGACUACAUCGUCAAGAACUGCGACGCCGUCACAAAGUCGGCGGGAUGGACUGAAGCGACGAGCAGGGUCGAGCGCGACGAGGUCCCCAGAGCGGGGCCGAUCAUGCUCGAGCUGUUCAAGCGCAAGGUCCUCAAGACAGCCUAG